CUCAACGCCGCAUCUCUGAUGAUGACCUCACUGUCCACCUCUCUGCACCGAACGACACGAUUGUCAUCAACAACACAAUGAGCUCCAACAGGCACUCCAACCGAUACGAACGCAUCCUUUCGGGUGAAACGGAAUACCAGGAACCCAACAGGGCACGCAUGAAACUCCCAGAUCUUCCUCACAGUGCUGAGAACUCUGCUCUGCUGCUCAGCAACCCGGCUUACCAUCUCCUCCUGGCCACCUAUGCCCAGCCAAUGGGAAGGCCUGCUUUCCCGCCACCCAGCCAGGUUAAGCCAAUCAACACCAAUGCAUGUGGGAUUGACUACAUGCAACCAGAACUAGCCGCCAGCCAGCCAAGUUUCCAGAACAACGUGCCACAUUACGCCGAAGCCGACAUCAUCAACCUGCAGGGAGUGACUGGCGGGAACACAUAUGCUGUCCCUGCUGUUGCGGUGGAUGCCCUCACCGGCAAGGACAUGGCACUAGGCGAAUUUCCCCGGGAACGGCUGAUCUUCAAGGAGAAGCUGGGCGAAGGGCAGUUUGGAGAGGUAAGUCCAGUUCAGCGUGCGGUAGAGGUUGGACGAUGCAAGUGGGAAAGUAAGACCCACAUUUCCAGUGAGUCGUAAAGUAGUAAGAGGCAU